AUGAUACUUCAACUAGCUGACCGUUCAAUUACUUAUCCAAGAGGUGUCAUUGAAGAUCUAAUUAUAAAGGUUGAUAAUCUUUACCUACCGGCAGAUUUUCUGGUUCUAGACAUGGACGAAGACCUUCAAACACCUAUUAUUUUGGGGAGGCCGUUUAUGGCCACUGCUAGGACUUUAAUUGAUGUGGAAGCUGGAACAUUGACUCUACGGGUUCAAGACCAAUCUGUGGUAUUUAAUUUGUUAGAGACUGCAAAACGGCCUACGGAACAGCAAGACUGCAUGCGCAUUGACAUGGUAGACAGUAUGGUUCAAGACAGAUUUUAUGGCAGCUCAAAAACAGAUCAGUUGCUACAUGUUUUACAAGGGGAACUUGGGGCAGAUUCUGAAGAUGAAGGUGUUCUUGAGUACAUUCACGCAUUGAACAAUCUGCCAACAGUGUUGUCAAAGUUUAGAAAUGUUUACGAGAGUUUAGGGGAACCUAAACAGCCCCUUAAACCGUCCAGACAACAGCCACAAAAACUAGAGCUGAAGCCUUUACCAGAACAUCUGAAAUAUGCAUAUUUAAGAGCUGUAGAGACGCUGCCAGUUAUAAUUGCAGCAGAUUUAACACCUACAGAGGAAGAUAAAUUGCUUCGUGUGUUGAGAAAAUAUCAAGAUGCAUUGGGAUGGACAAUUGCGGACAUCAAGGGAAUCAGCCCAGCACUAUAUAUGCACAGAAUAUUAAUGGAAGACGACGUGAAGCCAACAGUUGAUGCUCAACGCCGCCUUAACCCAAUUAUGAAAGAGGUGGUCAGAACAGAGGUUAUGAAAUUACUUGAUGUAAGUAUGAUUUAUCCUAUUUCUGAUAGUAAAUGGGUUAGCCCGACUCAAGUUGUGCCUAAGCGGACCGGUAUUACAGUGGUGAAAAAUGAUAAUAAUGAGUUAAUUCCUACACGAUUGACUACGGGAUGGAGAAUGUGUGUAGAUUACCGGAAGCUUAACACAGGGACAAGUAAAGACCAUUUUCCUUUACCCUUCAUUGACCAAAUGUUGGAAAGGUUAGCUGGGCGUGCUUUUUACGGUUUUCUUGAUGGUUAUUCUGGGUAUAAUCAAAUUCUAAUUGCUCCAGAGGAUCAAGAGAAAACCACUUUCACUUGUCCAUUUGUUUCUGGAGCAGAUGUUGCGGACUAUGGGUUUCCCAAUCCGGGGCGGCCAUUUGGGCGAAUUAUCCCCUCUCGAGGCUUACGGCAAGGGGAUCCUAUAUCACCGUAUCUUUUCCUUAUUAUGGCUAAAGCCUUCUCCGUUCUCCUCCAGCAGGCUGAGAGGGAUUCUAGAUUACAUGGUGUCUCCAUUGCCCCUUCUGCUCCUUCUAUUAACCAUCUCUUUUUUGCUGAUGACAGCCUUCCGUUUUAUAAUGCCGGGACAACUGAGGCUCUAGAGCUUGAACAUAUUUUUGGAGUGUAUGAGGCGGCUUCUGGACAAAAGGUCAACCUUGGAAAAUCCGCUCUUUGCUUUAGCCCUUCCACCCCAAGGGUGUUGCAGGACGAUAUUCGUUAG